UAUGUCUGAGGUAACAAAUUAACAAUAUUCUGGUCUAAAAUCUGUUCAGCUCUUUGUUUCCUCUUCUGUGUCUCAAUAUGCCAGUCAAAACUUAAAAUUGUGUUCCCUUGUCAUUUCAUUAAUUGUGUUUGUCAAUGGUAGAUUUACCUUCCAGAGUUCUGUCCUUGAUGGUUAGUUUGUUUACAUUUAAAAUGUAAUUGCUGAAUGCUUUAAACUUGAUAAUAUACAGUUUUAAUUGUCAGCAUAUACUUUGAUAAGUUACUGAGAAAUAAGAGAACUCUUUCUGUCUGAGAUUCUCAUUUAGAAUUUUGUGAAGAUUAUAGUUAAAUUGUGUGAAAAUUUGCAGUCUUUUGGAUUUGUUUUCGCACACUUUCUCAGAUUAUGAAUGCAGAUUUGAUUGCAUCUUACUCUAAAUCUCUUCAUAGAAUGCGUAGCACUGCAAGAAAUGAAAGUGUUUUGAAAAUUUUCAAUACACUUGUGUUUAUUUUUAUUACCUUUCUAUUUCUUUACCUUGAGGAGAGUUUAUUUUCAUUUGCAUAGAAUCAUGGCCAGUAAAGCUGAAGGUGGCAAGGAACCAAUAAAUGAACAAGCAGUUGCAAAUAUGUAUGCAAACAUGAGGUCUGAACUCAACCAAAUUUACUCUAAAAUAACUGAGCUGGAAAUGGAAGUUAGUGAGCACACGUUGGUUGUUAAUGCCAUUCAGCCACUUGACCAAUCUAGACGAUGCUAUCGUAUGAUUGGAGGCGUACUUGUGGAGAGAACAAUCAAAGAAGUCUUGCCUGCUGUGCAGCGAAAUAAAGAGGGACUUGAAGAGGUUGUUGCAAGGCUCAACGAGGCAUUGGAAAAGAAGAAGAAGGAAAUUUCUGAGUUUGAGGCUAAAUAUAAAAUCAGGAUAAGGAAAGCUGAUGCUGAGGUGAAAGAUGAUUCUGGCAGGAAGGAAGGUUCUGCUCAAGGAGUUCUUGUGGGUCCUGCAGGUGGAAGUGAAUGAUUUUUCUGAUUUUAUUAUGUUUCCUCAAUGUAGUAGCAAGAAAUUUUCUGCGUGGUGCAGGCAACAUGAUGAUUUGUCUUGAUAGAGAUUAGACUAAAGCAAAGUAUAACUUGAUAUGACCUCCAGUUUAAUCGCUUUGGGCUGAAGAAAACUGAUCUUCAUUGGGUCGUGUUCGUGUAGAUUUCUGUGUGCAAGAGUAGAACAUAUAAUUGUGUGACUAAGAUAUUCGCUCUCAUAUGUAACAUUGUGUUUCACCAGGAUUAAAAUGCAA